AUGGGUCGUUGUGUUAAAUUCCUUUUUAGUACAUUUGCAAUUAUCAUAGCUAUACUUGCCAUUGGCAUUGGUUACUUGAAAGUCGAUGAUGUUUUCCGAGAGCAACUUUUUGCGAGAGUCUUAAAUAUGAUGUCAAAUCCAAACAAUGUAGCCAUGAUGGAUCUUCGAUGUAAUCAAUUAUUAAAACAUUCCAAUGUGAAAGGUCAUAUUCUCGAAAUUGGCUCCGGCACAGGUAUCAAUCUUCCAUGUCUACAUAACAACACUAAUAUUGAGUCAUACACUGGCAUCGAACCAAAUGUGUAUACACAUCCGUAUUUUUACAAAUUAGUCGAACAAUACGAUGACAUUUCGUACAAUAUUCGUCUGUCAAACGAUUCUGCUGCUGAUAUGAAAGAAAUACCAUCGGAUAGUAUCGAUACAGUGAUUAUGACAUUCGUUUUGUGUAGUAUACCUGAUCCUAUACCAGACAAGGUUCUUCGCGAAGUCCAUCGAAUAUUAAAACCGGGUGGAAAAUUUCUGUUUUUCGAACACACAUUAGCUCAUCCUGAAAAGAAUCCCCUGAUUUAUCAAUUUCAACGAACAAUCGAACCUGUUUGGGAAAUCAUCGGCAAUGGAUGUCGAUUCAAACCAAUCACAAAUUACUUCGAUGCAAUGAAAUCACUCUAUUCCAAAGUCGAGUAUAAAUCCAUCGCGUUACCUGUGCCAAUGUUCUUCGUCAAAGACGGUGUUCGAGGACAGUUGAUUAAAUGA